AUGGAGAGGAACACUUUUGCUCAUGUUAGAGGGAGAGCUUACCGUUGCCGACACUGCUUUAGUAAGGGGAAGACUGAGAUCAACACCAAACAACGCAUGGAAGACCAUGUAUACAAGUAUCAUGUUCCCAAUGAUGAACAGCCAUUUUGGUGUAGGCUCUGUCUCUUUCGUUGCAGAAGUAAGGAGCUUCUGUCUAAACACGUAACCACCUACACCAGACACAGGAACGUUAUGUCCGAGAAGGGGAUUACUGAGUCCAGACAGUUCUUGGUGUGUAACCCAGACCCUCACCUUAUAGGGAGCAAGGACAUUGAACUGUUGUCUAAAGCAGACAGUAUGAACUGGUGGCUAUUCAAGCAAGAUAAGUUGUCACCAAAGGUGGAUAUAGUGCAGGAGGCAGUGAGAGAGGCAGGGAUUGGAAUGGCUAGCUGUGGAAAGGAGUCAGAGGACCCUCUUGACCUGACGAGAGGAUCCUUUGACAGUAUGCAAACAGAGUCUGAGCAAGCGGCGGAGGACCUCAGAGUAAUAGUUGAACGUGACACUUAUGUUGAAAAGGUGGAGGGGGUAGAGGAAGCGGAGAUGGAGACCAUAGAGACAUACGUUGCAACACCAAUGUUGGAUGAGCCUUUAGACUUAAGGGUGGUGAAGGAAAAGGUGGUAUCUGGAGUGGAGGUAAAGGAUACAGAGGAUGAGCUACAGAUAGAAGUAGGAGAAAGUUUAAAGGAGAUUGUGGUUGAAGGCGAGAAAGAUGAAGGUCAGCAGCAAGUUCCUGAAGCAAAGGAAGAAGAGUCAGUGGGAGAAGAGCACUUAGAUAACAGAGGGCAAGAGGAGGUUCAGGUUAGGAAGGCUGGUAAAAGGAGGGCGCAGAAAGAAAGUGAUAGAAGAGACCGAGCGAGAAAAAGGGUACGUCAUACCCUUAAGAAGUACAAGUCGCCAUCUCCUUCUUCAUCUUCAUCAUCAUCAUCCUCUUCAUCAGAGUCAGAUACUGAUUCAGAUUAUGAUUCAAGAGAGAGAGAGCAACGAGAAAAGAGAUUUACUGACAUUCUUGGGGAGAUGGUUAGAAAGACAGGGGAAAUCAUUGGGGAACAAGUAAUUGCUAAUGCAGCAUUGAUAAACAAGCUACAAAGUACAGUAGAUGAACUUAGGAAGGAGGUGAGAGAAUUAAGGGAGGAAAAACAGGCAUGUGAUAUGUCGAAAGAAAAAAAGAAGGGAGAAGGAGAGGGGAACAGAGACGGUAAAAGGGAGGAGCGCAAGAUUGAGUCAACUCAGAAGAAGGAUAAGGGGCAUGAUCAGAGCAAGGAUAAGGACAUGAGAAGGGACAAAAUAGGGGGGUGCAAGAUAAGGAAAAUAGAGCUGUGCAGAGGAAACCAGGAUUAUCGCACCCUAGGUCCCGACCUUUCAGGAGGGAUGACUAUGGUAAAUUCGGGUAUAGGUGGGGAGAUAGAUAUUGACCUUGAACUUCUGAACAUAUGA